CGAAGAAAAGUCAUGCUCAACUUCUCCUACGUAUGUUCAAUGUAUAGACAAAUGAUUAGAUAUUAAAAUCAUUCUUUACCACAGCCAGGAAGAUUGUCCAGUUUGUAAAAGAGCAAUCAUGAGAACCUGAGUUAGAUCCCCAGAAUCCAUACCAAAAAAGAAAAAAAAGGCAUGAUGGUACAUGCUUGUAAUCAGUGCUGGAGGGAUGAAGACAGGAAGAUUCCCCAGUAUUUGCUGGCUAGCGAGCAAGUGCCAAGGAAAUGAAAGUUGUUGCCUGACAGAAAAGAGGGUCUGCACCUGAGGAAUGACACCCAGAGCUGUCUCCUGACCUACAUGUGUGUAUGGACCUGUAGACGCAUACAGACACACAAGCAACUUUUUUCAAUAGAAGUCUUCUAAUUGGACAAAAUAUGACACCCACCAUGGUAGUUAAAGACCGGAUGGAAUCUAUUUCCAUGGGCUUGGCACACUCGUAAAAACAGACGCACGGAGGGACAGACCUGUUUAGGUGAGAAGGAGAAUCCCUGAGAAUCCCUGAGGUUUCCCGAAGCAGGAAGACUUUAAUCCACACAGCUUAAGAUUGCUUGGGAGUUGAAACCACGGGACUCCUCAUUAAAUUAUGAAGGGCACGGGAUGGAGAUAACGGCCACCCAUCCACGACGUUCGAGGAGGUCCGUGAAAUUUGUAACUUUGCUGAGCUGGGAGCUGCAGUUUGAGCCUCAAACAUGUGGAUAUUUUCUUGGCUUUGUGUUCUUUUAAUUAUUUUGGUUGUGGCUGGUGUGGACACAGUAGGGAAGACCACACCGUACACCAAAUUUACAAAGAAAUCUGACGGGAAGGAGAUGCUGAAGGGUCAAAAGCCAUCCAAUGGCUUUCCUCUGGAUGAAGAAGAAGCCCUCCUUACAGAAAUGGCUGCCGUGGCAGAGCCCACCACUAGCCCCUCUUUGUCAACCACCGCAGAACCCACCACGGACCCCUCUACUUCCGCCACCGCUGGUCUGUUCGCUUUUGAAAGCUUCUCUCUGGACACGACUCGUUUCUUUUUGAAUUGCUGCCAUUGCUGUUCACUUGUCACUGGGGAGAAAGGAGAACCAGGAAAGAUGGGAAAGCAAGGUUCUAAAGGGGAGACUGGUGACGUUGGCAGCCAAGGGCCCCCAGGAAUCACUGGACCCCAAGGCCCCAAAGGCCAGAAAGGAGAGAAGGGACUGAAGGGAGAACGGGGAGACCAAGGAGCAGGUGGCAUUCCAGGAUACCCAGGAAAGCCUGGAGAGCAAGGUGGUUUUGGUCCCAAGGGAGACAAAGGAAGCAUUGGUCCGGCAGGAAUAAAAGGACAGAAAGGCUCCAAGGGGGACCUGUGUGACAAUGGCACCAAAGGAGAGAAAGGGGACCCUGGGGCCACUGGUGCCCAUGGCUUCAUUGGAGAGCCUGGGGCCAAGGGCGAGAAGGGAGAUGCUGGGGAGAAAGGCGAUCAUGGAGAUUUUGGGGAGAGGGGAGAGAAGGGGCAGAAGGGUGAGGCAGGCGUGAAGGGAGAAAAAGGUAGCAGAGGAGAAGGGACCGAAGGCAAAGGCGGCUCAGAUGGUCUACCUGGACCCAGAGGCGAUCCCGGCCCUAAGGGAGAAAAAGGAGAUGCAGGUCCUCCUGGUUUAACCGGACCUGCCGGGCCAAAGGGCGAGCUGGGGAGCAAAGGGGCUCGAGGGCCUACUGGGAAGAAGGGCUCCCGGGGGAUCAAGGGCUCCAAGGGCGAGGCCUCUCAUGUUCCACAGUCGGCUUUUAGUGCCCUGUUGUCCAAGCCUUUUCCUGCCCCAAACAUUCCCAUCAAAUUUGACAAGAUUCUCUCCAAUGACCAGGGCCAUUACAACCCCAUCACAGGGAAGUUUAACUGCAGCGCUCCAGGGACGUAUGUGUUCUCCUAUCACGUCACAGUCAGGGGCCGACCUGCUCGAAUCAGCCUUGUGGCCCGCAACAAGAAGCAGUUCAAGUCCAGGGAGACGCUCUAUGGUCAGCAAGUAGACCAGGCCUCCCUCCUGCUCAUUCUGAAACUGAGUGCCGGAGAUCAGGUGUGGCUGGAAGUGUCUAAGGACUGGAACGGACUGUACGUCGGCCCCGAGGAUGACAGUAUUUUUAGUGGGUUCCUCCUGUACCCGGAAGAAACUCAUGGAAAGUCACCAUAAAUUCGGGUUUUGGACACUGCACUUUUGAUUUAGUCUAUUAAUCUUGAGCCCAGCUCUUAAAAACUUUGAUUUUUUUCAUGAUUAUAAGUGCAACACAGAAACAUUUAAAAACUGUACAACAUAGAACGACUCUGAUUUCAAAGCAUCUCCUUUGAAAUAUUUAUGUCUUUGAGAACAUGUCUAUUAAGUUUGUAGCUAACAUUUUUCGUUUAAUAAUGUAAUGAUAUUACUGAUGCCAUUUCAGGAAUUAAUAAUGGCAACGCUAAAA